UCGCAGCCUUCUUGAUAUGUAACCGUGUGAGUCACAGCCUUGAAAUGAGUUCCGAAAGUGUUAAGACGUAUAUAAGUGGUGUUAUUAUUGAUCCGGCACAUAUUUUGCAUUGGUGUUUGAAAAUAAUAUUGUGUCAGGUUGUUGGGGCUCAUUACAAAUAUUUCCCUUUUAGCGGGAAAAAUAUUUUUACGGAGAAAAGUAUUCAAGAUGGAAGGACCCGGGAACGGAAACGGAAUUCCUUACAGCAAAACGGGUGACAGAGAUCAAGAUGAGAAACUGUUACAACCAUUUACAUACAUUCUGCAAGUUCCUGGUAAGCAGAUUCGAGCAAAGUUGGCCCAUGCUUUCAACUACUGGUUGAAGAUUCCAGCAGAUAAGUUGGUUGUUGUGGGAGACAUAAUUCAAAUGCUUCAUAAUUCUAGUCUGCUAAUUGAUGACAUUCAGGACAACUCUAUUCUGCGUAGAGGUAUCCCUGUGGCACACUCAAUAUAUGGAGUAGCCAGUACAAUCAAUGCUGCCAACUAUGUGAUGUUUAUAGCGCUGGAGAGGGUACUGAGCCUUAACCACCCUGAUGCAACAACAGUAUACACGGAACAACUCCUGGAGCUGCAUCGGGGGCAGGGAAUGGAGAUCUACUGGCGUGACAACUACACUUGCCCAUCAGUAGAGGAAUACAAACAAAUGACUAAGAGAAAAACAGGCGGACUGUUCAUGCUUGCAAUUCGACUCAUGCAACUGUUCAGUGAGAACAAAGCUGACUUUACCAAACUGAGUGGCAUCUUGGGGCUGUACUUCCAGAUUCGGGAUGACUACUGCAAUCUCUGUCUGCAGGAGUAUUCAGAGAACAAAAGCUACUGUGAAGAUCUCACAGAAGGAAAAUUUAGUUUCCCAAUAAUCCAUGCUAUAAUGAAUCGACCAGAUGACAAUCAGGUGAUACAUAUCCUGCGACAACGGUCUCAGGACGUGGAAGUAAAGAAGUAUUGUAUCACACUGCUGGACAGGUUUGGGUCUUUCAGCCACACCAGAAAUACUCUUGAGGAGCUUGAUGCUGAGGCAAGGGCAGAGGUAUCUAGACUGGGAGGUAAUCCACUGUUGGAAGCUGUAUUGGAUGAACUGCUGAACUGGAAGAGGAUGUCAAACCAGAAGAGCCCAGAGCAGUGAUGACGACCUCUUACCAUGAUUUUUAUUGGUAUUGUUUGUAUGCAGCUGGGAACUAAUUCAUGUUUUGUGUUGACUUAGGCUGGAUUAUGAAAAAUGUUUGCUGGGCAUGGGCAUUCUUUAUGUUGGUCAACUUUCCAGUCAUUAUUUAUUGUUACUAGUAUAACCCUUAUGAGAAAAAUAUACAUGACUCAAGAAGGUAUGUUUGGACAUAUUUUUGUUAAUGUUUCUAAGUGAUAUGACCAGUUUGCAUUUAACAGAUUGGUUUCACAGUUUGUUAUAGGAAGUUCUAAUAUGAAAUUCAGUCUGAGUGUGUUGAGCGCAUGGUGCACGAUCUGGGUUUUUCCCCCAUAAAUAAUGCCUAAUAAGCAGGUCUGCAACUGUAGGUGCCAUCUACAUGUUUUUUAGGAAUCAAGUGCAUUCUACGUGUACUAUAUGUAUAGAGAAUUUUAAUCAUAUGAUCAAGUAGUUUUCAGUUCCUUUGACAGUCAUGACUCAACAAGUUCCUGCCUCACCCAUGGGUUAGUCAGGGCAACAUUGUAUUAGGUUGACAACCAAGAAUAGUCUACCAGACUGCAUAGCGCUACAGCCAAGAAGACAGCCAUCCUUGUUUUUACUGUUUUUUAACUUAAAAUCCUGCAAGAACAGAAAUGUUCCAAGUCAGAGAUACACAAGAUUUACUUACUAGGUACAGCACAUUGUAACAUUGUUGAAUGUUACAGGGGUUUAUGAGUAAUGGGUAUGUCUUAAUAAACAAUAAAAAUAUUUAAAUCCCGUGA